AUGGACGCGUUAGCUGUAUCAGCGGCUGUCUUUCAAUUUAUCGAUUUCACCUGCAGCCUUAUUGCCAAAGGCGUCUCCAUACAUUCAUCCAUGACUGGUCUUGCCCUAGAUUAUGAGGAGCUUAAGAACAUCACAGCAUCUCUUUUGCAGAACAAUAAUGAUAUCCAAGAGUCCCUAUCACGCAGAAACAUCGCCACGCAACUGACGAAGAACGAAGAAGACCUUCAAAAGAUUGCCAGUGAUUGCCAGGGGGUCGCGGAGGAGCUAAUGGAUGUCCUAACUAAUCUCACAUCAAAGGGCCCCAAAUCAAAAUGGCGCUCGUUCCGAUACGCUCUGCAAGCCACAUGGAACGAAGGGAAGGUGAAGUCACUAGAAAACAGACUAGAUCGUUAUCGACAGCAGGUGAUGGCAAUCAUUCUAAGCUGUCUAAGGAGCCAGGCAGAAAUGCUGAUCCAAGAGCAGUCAUCCACGCGGCAAUCGGUUGAGAGGAUUGAGGAGCUACAACGGAACAGCAAAAUGGCUGGGGAUCGCUUCAUAGAAGGAUUCAUGAACGGGGGAGAAUGGAAACGCGACCUGGUCCGAAUGAUUCACGAGCAGGGGCGGGGAAAUUGCCAGGCAAUGGCCAAUCGAAGCCGAGCUGAGAAUGAUGAGAAAGGGCGGGCGUCAGACGCAGUGGUGGCACAGGAACAGCGUGUCCGAAAACGUAUACUGCACGAGCUAGCAUUCAAGAAUAUGAAUGACCGAGAAAGGCGGAUUCCCGAGGCACACGAACAAACGUAUAAAUGGAUUUUUCACAACCCUACAGCAGACACUAAAUCAUGGUCCAGCUUCGUAGAUUUUUUGAAGAGCCCGUGCAAGAAGAUUUACUGGAUCACGGGCAAACCGGGCUCAGGAAAGUCAACCCUAAUGAAAUACAUUAGGCAUCAGGCUCGGACCACCGAGCAGUUGAAAAACUGGAGCGGCGGUUCCCAAGUCAUCCAAGCAGCGUUUUACUUCUGGAAUAGCGGCUCGCACAUGCAAAUGUCCGUAGAAGGCCUUCUACAGGCGGUCUUGCAUGAUUGCCUCCAGCAGCUACCUACCCAGGUUAUUCAGGAUGUCCUACCAGAAAGAUGGGAAGUAUUAACCCUUUUCGACGACGACGACUAUCCUUGGAGCUGGGGGGAGGUGGCUGAGGCUCUGAGGAGGCUGAUUAUAGACUGCCUGCCCGAGAAGAAGUUUUACUUCAUGCUUGACGGCCUUGAUGAGUGUUCGGGAGACCAGACGCAACUUAUGCACCUAAUCAGAGAACUUGCUGACGACACGGAAAAUUUAAAGCUGUGUGUUGCAAGUCGCAUGUGGAACAAUUUCCAGGACGCAUUCAAGGAUCGGCCAAGCUCAAUGCUUCACGAUCUUUCUGCUGCCGACAUUAGCCUGUUCAUCACAUCCAAGUUCUCUGCCAACGAAGGCUUUGCCGAGCUACAGGUACGAGAACCAUAUCAAGCACAAUUACUCUUGGAGAAAAUUGCCGAAAAGGCCGAGGGCGUCUUUCUUUGGGUACACCUUGUAGUCCAGUCUCUGCUCGAAGGGAUGACCAACGGAGAUGGGCUCCGGGAUCUUCAUAGCCGGCUCGAAGAACUCCCGCCUGAUCUUGAAGAUCUGUAUGCCAAGAUUUUAAACAGUCUGGAAGAGCGGUACAUAGACCAAGCAUCUCGACUUUUCCAGAUUGUCAGGGCUUGCGAUGUCUCGCCCACCUUGCUACGUAUCGCGCUGGCCGACCUCGAAGAGGAUUAUGCCAUACAGGCACCAACAAAGCCAAUGACUAACAAGGACCGGUUGGCUUUAUGCAAGAAUAUGAAAAGAAAACUGGUUAGUCGAUGCCGUGGGCUCCUUGGCAUUUCCUCAAGCCCAAUAUUUAAGCUCGAGGAAAACAGUUCGGCGUUAGACAUCGAAGCCAGCAUGAGUGAUAAUGAAGAUAUUGUGGCGGGCCUGGAGGUCCAAUACCUCCACAGAAGUGUUCGGGACUACAUCGAGACACCUGAAGUAUGGUCAUGGCUCCUCUCAGUCCAUGAAAAGCCCUUCAGCCCGCAUUUCCUUGUCCUUUUAAAAGCAAACUUACUAGGAAUGAAAGGUUUGAACCCAGUAUCAUUAUCGGCGAGACAGAUGAGCUUUCACUUAUGGAUGGCGAUCAAAUACGCGAAAAGAUCCCUCAAUACCCGUUCGACGGAGCAAACACGGGAGACCAUCCUUCUUCUUGACGAAAUAGACAAUGUUGCUACACUUCUCACACGCUCUUCCACUACACCAGAUGCGCCUUUCGCGGGUCGCUGCGGCGUUCGUGGAGACGACCACUGGUCAUCAUUCUUUAUUUCAGGGGUUCCGGACCCGUCCUUUCUGCACUUAAUGGCCAUAUGUGGUGUUCAUGAGUACUUGGAAACGCACCUGCAGAGUGUCGGCUCGAAAAAUUCCGAUGGCAAUUGUGACAAGAUGCCUCUCAUCAUCUCAGCCAUAGAAGGCACCCCGAUUAUCCUAGAGAGAAGUGGGUACGAUCAUCUGCCUGGCCCUCAUUUCAACGUACUUGAAACGCUGCUACGAAAUGGAGACGACUGUCAUAAGCCAUACCAAGGCCGCUCAGCUUGGGAUUUGGCAAGGAAUGGAAAAAGAACUGACCUACUCCGGCUAUUCGAGAAAUAUAGGGGCAAGCCGCCCCAAUCGAGUGGCAGCGACAAUUGUCCCGAGCAAGAAGUAGAUGAUGGGGACGGAUAUGGAACAGAUAAUGAAUCCAUCACGUCAGUAGGGGCUGUGGCGGGAUAUCUGGACGGAUAUGGAACAGAUAAUGAAUCCAUCACGUCAGUAGGGGCUGUAGCGGGAUAUCUGGACGAGAUGGAUAAUAGAAGUAAAGCGCAGCCAUUACCGAUGCUAAGUGUCCUAGAGAACGACACACGAAGGAGAGAUGAGUAA